CUAGGGCUGGGCUGGAGGGAUGACAAAGCAGAGGCGAGCUGGGCUCAGCCCUCCUCCUCCUCCGGCUGCCCGGCGCUGCUGUUAUGGAAACCAGCCCGGCUUGCCCGAGCGGAUAAUGGAGCGGCCAUGGCCAAAGCCAGCAGCAGCGGCGCAGCGCCCCCGGCCAGGGCGGGGGGCCCGGAGGGCCAGGACCCCUGGGAGCUGUCCCUGGAGCAGGUGCUGAAGUCCUACGAGCAGCCCAUCAAUGAGGAGCAGGCGUGGGCCGUGUGCUACCAGUGCUGCCGCGGGCUGGCGGGCGCCGAGGGGCGCUGGGGGCCGGCGGGCCGGAUCCGGGACACGGCGGACAUCCUGCUGCACAAGGACGGGACGGUGACGGCCCGCGGGGAGCAGGGCUCGGCCGAGCUUCCCCUGACCGUGUCACCCUCAACAGAAGCACAGAUGGUGCAGUCGCUGGGAUUUGCCAUUUACCGGGCGCUGGACUGGGGGCUGGACGAGAGUGAGGAGCGAGAACUGAGCCCCCAGCUGGAGAAGCUGAUCGACCUCAUGGCCAACAGCGACUCUGACGACAGCGGCUGCAGCAUGGCGGACGAGGGCUACGGGGGGCAGGAUGAAGAGGAGGAGGCUGUGGAGGGGCUCCCACGAGCCGUGCGCACCUUCGGGCAGGCCAUGAGGAUAUGCGCCGCUCGCCUGACGGCCCCCCAGGAGGCACAGCAACAUUACCAGGCUGUGUGCAGGGCCCUCUUUGUGGAGACGGUGGAGCUGAAGGCUUUUCUCACCAAGAUCCGGGAAGCUAAGGAGAUGCUGAGGAAGCUGAGGGAACAGGAGGAGGAGCUGGAGGAGAGGUCGACGGAUGAGCUCGAUAACCUGCGGAACACAGACUGGGCCCGGCUGUGGGUGCAGCUGAUGCGGGAGCUACGUGACGGUGUGAAGCUGAAGAAAGUCCAGGAGAAGCAGUACAACCCCCUGCCCACCGAGUACCAGCUGACGCCCUUUGAAAUGCUGAUGCAGGACAUCCGGGCACGCAACUACAAGCUUCGCAAAGUCAUGGUGGAUGGCGACAUCCCCCCCAGGGUGAAGAAAGAUGCCCAUGAACGUAUUCUGGAUUUUAUACGGUCACGGCCGCCACUGAAACAGGCGUCUGAGAGGCGGCUGCGCCCCAUGCCCCAGAAGCAGAGAACGCUCCACGAGAAGAUUCUGGAAGAAAUCAAACAAGAAAGAAAACUUCGCCCAGUCGAGAUGCGGCACCAGGGUCAGAAAGGUUUUGGCUCCCUGCCCUGCAUCCUUAAUGCCUGCUCCAGCGAUGUGAAGUCAACCUCCUGCAUCAACCUCUCUGUACCCGACUCAAGCACCCCCGCCCAGCGCCUGCGGCCAAGGGUUCUGCUCAAGGCUCCGACGCUGGCCGAGAUGGAGGAGAUGAAUAUCUCCGAAGAGGAGGAGUCUCCAAGCGCUGAGAUGGGGAGGGAGCCUGGCUUAGGGCUCCCCCUGAAGCGUGAUCGCUCCUUCUCUGAACAGGACCUGGCCCAGUUCCAGAGCGAGAGGGGCACCAGCCAGCCCGAGUCAGGGUAUCUGGCACCACGGGAGUCUGAGCCAAGACCCCGCUCAGGUAGCAUGAACACUGCACGGAUCAGCAUGGAAACCAAGGGUUCGUUCCCAGCCAGUUACCACCAGAUCCCAGCUAGCGCUGGUCCGCUCACGUCCGACCGCGGCUCCCUCGGGGCUGUGGAGGAGAGGUCAGAGGGCGGCUCCAGCUCCACCCCUGACAGCAGCUCCAAGCAUCUGUGGCUGGAGUUCAGCCACCCCGUGGAGAGCCUGGCCCUGACCGUGGAGGAGAUGAUGGACGUGCGCAGGGUGCUGGUAAAGGCCGAGAUGGAGAAAUUCCUCCAGAGCAAGGAACUCUACAACAGCCUGAAGAAGGGGAAGAUCUGCUGCUGCUGCAGAACAAAGUUCCCUUUGUUCUCUUGGCCCCCAGCCUGUCUCUUCUGCAAGAGAUCCGUCUGCGCCUCCUGCAGCCUCAAGAUUAAGAUGCCUUCGAAGAAGCUUGCUCAUAUUCCCGUCUACGCCCUGGGCUUCGAGAACCUCCCCAGAUCUCUGAAUGCCAAAGCUCUGCUGCUGAGGAGGAGAGACGCCUUCAACUCUCUGCACUGGCGGAGGGUGGAAGAGGAGUUCCCCCACAUCUAUGCCCACGGCUCCAUCUUGAAGGACAUCUGCAGUGACUGCACCAGCUUCGUGACCGAUGUCAUCUGCUCAAGCCGGAAGAGCAUGGCCAUCCUGAAUGCCACGCCGCGCAAGGGCAGGAAGACGCAAUCCCUCUACAUCCAGCCCACCCACAUUGCCAAAGCCCAGUGAAGGACUCCACUGCCACCCUCCAGGCCUGGCCCUGGCAGCUUCGCAGGCACCAGGAGCCAGGCUCACAAGCAACUCCGCAGUGUUAGCACCUUUGCAGAAAUUGGCUCUCCAAGGAGCUGGGACUCUCUGGGCAUCACCUCCCACCCCCACCAACAUUUGUGCGCAAGAACCAAACCAAGAUGGCUUCCAGGUGACCCUGCUGCCUAAAAAUUGCCACCAUCCUUCCCUGGCGUGCUGCAAACACCGCUGCUUACCCCCAGCCUGACCGCUCGUGCCGCUCUUCGACCUCCAUUGCGAUGCCCUGCUAGUGGAGGUGUGUGUAUGUACGUAGAUCAUCUGUAUACAGCUCUAUAUUUAUAGACAUUAGUGACCAGCGAGAUGGCACGUCAGCCAGCGGGACUCACAGACGGCGGCGCGUGGCUGAGGCCACGUGUUGCACAGCAGGGAGCUCGGUGUCUCCCCAUGGGAGAGCAGAAGGACCCAAUCCCUUGCUCUGGCUGAGGAUGGGCAGGACCCAGGAUGUAACUCAGAGCCCAGCUUCUCUCAGAUCUGUCGGAGCAGGUCCUGGCGUGUUUCGUUCCUUCCCACCUGGGCAGCUGGUCCUGCCCGGUUCCUCAGGGCCCCGGAGCAGGCUGGGGCGAUCUGUCUGGAACGUGUUGGAGGAGGAACUGUUCAGACUCUUCUGUUUACAUUGCUUCUGACUCGCCUGGAAGGAACGGAGUCCUAGCGUUGGGCUGAGGCUCCUGGGCCAGUGUGUGCUGCUGGCUAGCACAAGGCAAUGUGCUGGUUCUGCCAUGUGGCCAGAGCCCUGCCAUUGGGAUCAGGGACGCAGGCUGUAGAUGCCCUCCUCAGCCCGCCCAGCCCGGCACCUUUCCCCUCCAGCUCAUCCCUUGGUGUCAACGGCUGCCUGGGCUGGGGCCCCCGGUGGGGCUUAGUUCCCACUGAAAGCACCUGGUGGAGCUGGGCUGGCUAGAAGCACUGGCUGGGUCUUAGGCCCUGUGUUUGAAUCCAGGGCAUGGUGCUUGUGAUGGCCCGAGGCCUGUCCUGGGAGCCAGAGUGGGGGCUGAGCCUUGUGAGGUUCAGUGAAGGUGGCGCAUAGCCCUGCCCCGAGGAGCAGACUGGGGCCUCCUGCUCCCCAUGGGGAGACCCCCUGCGCCUGCCAUUACUGAGAGCAGAGGCUUUUCACGGCUCCUUUCUAGCUCAGUCGUUGAGCUGGGAUCAUGGGGAUCUCCAGUGUCUGCCUGUCCCCACUGUUCCUUUCCCUUCGCUGCUCUGGCUGCCAGGUGUCCCUGGCGGUGGGGCAGGCGCUGCCUGUAUUUAGUCAGACCCUGGUUUUGUACCAGACACUCGGCUCUGAGUAGGUCUUUGUCUUUGUGCUGCAAGGCUGCGUGUGGCAUCAGGGGGCUCGCUCCGGGCAGGGCAGGGCUGGGCUGGCGGCCUGUUCCCAGUGCAGGGGCUGCGCCGUGGCUGAGUGUACGGCAGCCAGGGCCCAGCAUAGCAUGUGCUAAAUCUCUUAUUCCCCAGCCUCGGCCCCUGCCCCGUGGAUCAUCUCUGGGGGAGUGGCCAGGCGGUAGGGCUGUCGUGGUAGCCAUGGGAUACCCGACAUUGAUGGGCCCUUUCUCCAUCCCGGGUGGAGCCUGGCUGGCCGCUGCGCUCUGAGUAAGGAGUCCAGCGAUGAGGAGCAAAGGCUCCUGCCCAGCGCCUGCUUCACUGGAGGUAGAGGAGAUUGCCAAAGACUCUGCCAGCCCCACUCCUCUGGCUCCAGGCAUCUCCUGGCCUUUCCAAGGCUCAUGUGGGUUAUGUGGUCUGGGCCCUGAACCAGACUAGUCACAGAACAACAGGGAAGCCCUGGAGAAAGCCUGACCAUGGGCACAGGUCUGUGCUCUCUCCCAUCUUAGUGCUCAGCAUCCCUCCUGGCCAAGAAGCAAGUGCCUGGAGCCCCGAGGAGUCCGGCUGGCCUCCUCUAGGCUCCAUCGUCAGCUGCUUCGCCAUCGUGGCCUGCACUGAGGAGGCCUGGCUGGGUCACCAGCCACGGCUGCUGUUUAAAUGUGCCUAUAGAAUGUAUUUGUCUAGAGCAUCCUUUGUGCGAAGUAGCCCGGCCUAUGGAGGCUGAGUGACACCGUGCCCUCCCCCCUGCCCAGGGCCAAGAGAGGCCUGGGGAACUGGCCCAAACCAAAUCAUGCUCCUGUAUCAGGUUUCCUCAGUGGGCGGGUGUCCAGCGUACUGGGCGCACUGGCUCCCCACAGACUGUGCCUGCCCACAGGCUGUGGGCCAGGUAACGCACCCAAGCCGUGUGAACUAAAGGGACUAUUCCACAAUGUGCCACUAGCCUUUUGUGUACCACCACUUGGGUUGUUGUGUCUUGUGACGUGUGACACAGGGAAAUGCAAACUACACAUGCCUAAUAUGCCCAGACAAGUCCAGGGGCAGGACCUGAUUUUCAGUAGCUCAGAAGCCACGGGCCCAUGCCAUGGAGUGCCUACUUUGCACUUUCACACAGGCUGACUACAUGGGCAGAUUGGGUUUUGUACCUGCAGGUGGCCAGUUAGACACUCAGGCCUUGUCUACACUAGAAAAGGUUUGCCAGUGUAACCAGCAAACCCUUCUAGUGGGGAUGCAGCUUGAACGCAUGCUUUGGUGGUAUAGUUCAUACCAGUUCCCCAAACCAAAUAGCUGUGCUGGCCAAACGCCCCCUUUUGCUGGUAUGACUGUCUACACUGGGGCCUUAGCCAGCCUAGCGAGGUCAGGUGGGAGAGUGACUUUUCACACUCCUAACCAACACAGCUGCCGCAAAACUUAGCACUGUAGAUCAGGCCUCAGACCGGCAACUGGCUCGUGCUCAUAAAUCAAGUAAAUAAUUGCCAGUGGAUCUCUGCAUACGGCACGAAGCGACUGAGCUUUGGCAACCCAGGCCUGGAUGGGAGCUGGCAGCAUUUGGGGAAGGUUCAUCCGCCCUGGGAAACUGCACAGUGUGUGAUAGGGGAAGCAAGGGGGAACGCUCCUGCAGACUCCACGACCUAGCAGCCCCUCUCCACGCUGAAGAUACCAUCCUGCCAGAAACCCGUGGUGCUCCGCUGCCCAUGGGCGCUGGUUUCUGAGGUUAGCCUGCGUUGGCGUCACCCCGCUCGCUUCUCCCUGUUUUGACUCAGCCACAUUUUGCUGACACAUAAGAAUGACAAUGCCUUAUCAUCCUGCCCACUGUCUGCAAUAACUCAUCCUCCUGCCCAUGUCAGCGUUGACAGGCGUGUGCGAAUGAGGGUGACCCCGCCCACGUGUCCUGUCCAUGGCUGAGCCAUCGGCCAAUGUUUUGUACACAGCCCAUCCUGUACAGAUGAAAUGUACAUUGUAAAUAACGUGCACCUGGACUGGCAUGGUUGCUCUUGUACAUAUGGUUGCUCCCAUACUAAUAAAUCCCUAUUUUGA